UCUGCUGUUUCUGAAAGCCUGUUCUUUCAUGCAUAUUCAUGUAGUGUUUUUUUUUCUGCUGUGUGUUUUUGGGGUCAGUCGGCGGAAGAUGGCGGUCUGGAUGCUGCUGGCAGGCGGAGAGGAGCUGCUCUUCCCCGGGCGGAGGAGCCUGUAGAGCCGCCACAUUUAGCCCGGAUCACCGCUAACCACCCCGGACCGCGCUUUCUGCUCGGGUAUGGACUCUUGCACGGUUUUACCAGGGUACAAACACCUCGGAGACUUUGCGGGGAGUUUCAUGUUUUUAUUCGGCUAGCAGCUAGCGGCUUUCUGCAACACUUCAACGCCCCGAAAACUGCACAAUAAUGUCGGAUACGAAGGUAAAAGUGGCCGUUCGGGUUCGACCGAUGAACCGCAGAGAGAUUGAGCUCAACACUAAAUGUGUGGUUGAGAUGGAGGAAAAUCAGACUGUUCUGCACCCACCGCCCUCCAAUGCAAAAGGAGAAAACAGAAAACAACCAAAGGUGUUUGCCUUUGACCACUGUUUCUGGUCCAUGGACGAGUCCAACAUCCCAAAAUAUGCUGGGCAGGAGGUGGUCUUCAAGUGUCUCGGUGAAGGAAUCCUCCAGAAUGCGUUUCAGGGCUACAACGCCUGCAUUUUCGCUUAUGGACAGACAGGCUCUGGGAAGUCGUUCUCCAUGAUGGGCUCUGGUGAUCAGCCUGGUCUGAUUCCUCGUCUCUGCUGUUCUCUGUUUGAGCGAGUCUCCACACAGCAGAGCGACAGUAACAGCUUCAAGGUGGAGGUUUCCUACAUGGAGAUCUACAACGAGAAGGUGCGAGAUCUGCUCGACCCCAAAGGGAGCAGACAGUCUCUGAAGGUGCGAGAGCAUAAAGUGUUGGGUCCGUAUGUGGACGGUCUUUCUCAACUCGCCGUUACUAGUUUUGAGGAUAUCGAGUCUCUGAUGUCCGAGGGGAAUAAAUCUCGAACCGUCGCCGCUACAAACAUGAAUGAGGAGAGCAGUCGAUCUCACGCCGUCUUCAGUGUUAUCCUCACACAGACGCUCUACGACCUGCAGUCCGGGAACUCUGGUGAGAAGGUCAGUAAGAUCAGUCUGGUGGAUCUGGCUGGCAGUGAGCGAGUGUCUAAGACUGGAGCUGCUGGGGAACGACUGAAGGAGGGCAGCAACAUCAACAAGUCUCUGACUACACUGGGCUGUGUUAUCUCGGCUCUGGCGGAUCAGUCUGCAGGGAAGAGCAGGAAUAAGUUUGUGCCGUACAGAGACUCGGUGCUGACGUGGCUGCUGAAGGAUAAUCUGGGGGGAAACAGUAAGACGGCCAUGAUCGCCACCAUCAGCCCUGCGGCGGAUAACUACGAGGAGACGCUCUCCACACUGAGAUACGCCGAUCGAGCGAAGAGGAUCGUGAAUCACGCUGUAGUGAAUGAAGAUCCGAACGCAAGAAUCAUCCGAGAGCUGCGAGAGGAGGUGGAGAAACUGAAGGAGCAGCUCUCACAGGCUGAGUCUCUGAAAGCUCCGGAGCUGCAGGAGAAACUGCAGGAGUCUGAGAAACUCAUACAGGAAAUGACUGUAACAUGGGAAGAGAAACUGCGCAAGACUGAGGAGAUCGCACAGGAGCGUCAGAAGCAGCUGGAGAGUAUGGGGAUCUCUCUGGAGUCCUCAGGGAUAAAGGUUGGAGAGGAUAAGAGCUUUCUGGUCAACCUGAACGCUGAUCCUGCUCUCAAUGAGCUGCUGGUUUACUACCUGAAGGAUCACACACGUGUGGGAGCAGACACCACUCAGGACAUCCAGCUGUUCGGCAUCGGUAUCCAGUCUGAACACUGUGUGCUGGAGGUCACUGCAGACGGAGACGUCACACUCACACCUGCACACAACGCCAGGACGUGUGUGAAUGGCAUGAUGGUUUACUCAAAGGUGCAUGUGUGGCAUGGAGACCGAAUACUGUGGGGGAACAACCACUUCUUCAGGGUGAAUCUGCCAAAUCGUAAGCGGCGUAAGGAUCUGGACAGAGGGUCUCCCCGUGAGAGCUUCAUCGAGGCGGAUGUAGAAACGGCUAGCGAAGCCUCAUCUGAGCAGGACUACAGCUAUGAGUUUGCACAGAUGGAGGUCAUGAUGAAGGCUCUGGGAAACAAUGACCCCAUGCAGAAUGCAGUGCAGGCGCUGGAGAAGCAGUAUGUGGAGGAGAAGCGUCUGGCUCUGGAGGAGCAGCGGCUGAUGUACGAGCGAGAACUGCAGAGUCUGAGACAACAACUCACACCUGAGAGAAACACACAACACCAGCGGCUGAGCUACAACACACACCACUCACACAGCAGACUGCGCCUGUGGACAGAGGAGAGGGAUGAGUUGUUUCGUCAGAGUUUGUCUCGUCUGCGUGAGCAGGUAGUCAGGGCAAAUGCUUUGGUGCGAGAAGCAAACUUCCUGUCCGAGGAGAUGCAGAAACACACCGACUAUCAGGCGACGCUUCAGAUUCCUGCCGCAAACCUGAGCGCAAACCGCAAGCGCAGUGCUAUAGUGAGCGAGCCAGCAAUUCAGGUGCGGCGGAAAGGCAAGGGAACACAAGUGUGGACCAUCGAGAAACUGGAGAACAAACUGGUGGACAUGAGAGACCAUUACAGAGACUGGAGAGAAGGAGCGCAGGAGCUGGUUAACCGGCUUCAUAAUAAAGCAGGAGAUCCAUUCUAUGAAGCCCAGGAGAAUCACAACCUCAUCGGUGUAGCGAACGUCUUUCUGGAGUGUUUAUUUCAUGAUGUCCGGCUGCAGUAUGCAGUGCCCAUCAUCAGCCAGCAGGGGGAGGUUGCUGGUCGGCUGCAUGUGGAGCUGUUGCGUGUAUGCGGUGCUGUUCCCGAACGUCUAUCCGGAGGAGACGACUCCUCGGAAAACUCCAGUGAGAGCAGCGGAUACGACUUCAUGGACAACAAUGGAGAGAUCGUCCACAUGGCCAGAAAACUCACCUGCAGGGUGCGGAUCAAAGAGGCGUCUGGUCUUCCUCUCAAUCUCUCCAACUUCGUCUUCUGCCAGUACUCCUUCUGGGAUCAGUCGGAGCCCACUGUAGCUCCGCCCCUCAUUAGUCCAGACACGCCCACUGCACGGUCACAUGACCAGGAGUUCACUGUGAGCUUCAACCACUGCAGGGAUUUCGUGGUGCAGGUGACGGAGGAGUUUCUGGAGUUCAUCUCUGACGGGGCUCUGGCUAUAGAGGUGUGGGGUCACAGAUACACCGGCAACGGACGCUCCAUCUGGGAGACACACACACUGCAGGACAAGAAGAGGACACUCAGAGACCGCUGGAGUGAGGUGUCCCGCAGUAUCGAGCUGUGGGUCUCCAUCCAGGAGCUGAAUGAGCAGGGCGAGUACUCGUCUGUGGAGCUGCACAGCACUAAAGACUCCAGCACUGGAGGAGUGUUUCAGCUGCGCCAGGGCCACUCACGGCGGCUGCAGGUGUGUGUUCAGCCGGUGCAGCACUCAGGGACGCUCCCUCUGCUGGUGGAGGCUGUUCUCUCCGUCUCCAUCGGCUGUGUUACUGCGCGCUCCACUAAACUACAGAGACCUCUGGACAGCUAUCAGGAGGAAGAUGGCGAUAUGGAUAGUUAUCAGGAAGAGGAUCUGAACUGUGUUCGCGACCGCUGGUCAGACGCGCUUAUCAAACGCAGAGAAUACCUGGAGGAGCAGAUCAAGAAGAUCCUCAACAAACCAGAAAAAUCUGAGGAAGACAUAGAGCGAGAAGCCCGGCUGGUGGAGCAGUGGGUCGGACUGACAGAAGAGAGGAACGCGGUACUGGUCCCGGCUCCAGCCAGCGGGAUCCCAGGAGCCCCGGCACACUGGGUUCCUCCUGCUGGCAUGGAGGCUCAUAUUCCUGUGCUGUUCCUGGAUCUGAAUGCUGAUAAUCUGACGGUGAAUGAUCAUCUGACGGGUCCUCACUCUGCUGGUGUGAACUCUAUUCUUCCCAAAGAACACGGCAGCUCCUUCUUCUACCUUCCUAUCAUCAGACACAGCGACGACGAGGUGUCAGCCGUGUGCUCGUGGGACUCCUCCAUCCACGACUCCAUCCACCUGAACCGCAUCACAGCAGCGAACGAGCGCAUUUACCUGAUCGUCAAAGUAGCGGUUCAGCUCAGCCACCCGGCCUGUGUGGAGCUGCUGCUGCGCAAGAGGAUCGCUGUCAACAUCUACAACAAACAGAGUUUCACUCAGAGUCUGAAGAGACGGAUGUCGCUGAAAAACAUGCUUUACUCCUGUGGAGUGACGUAUGAGAUCGUCUCCAACAUACCAAAGGCGUCUGAGGAGCCGGAGGAGCGCGAGACUCUGGCCCUGAUGGCGGCGCGAGGAGAAAACGAGGAGACGCGAGAUGGAGAGACGUACAUGGAGAAGUACACCAGAGGAGUGCUGGAGGUGGACAAUAUACUGUGCCUGGACAGACUCAGACAGGCUGUGACAGUGAAGGAAGCUCUCUCUGCUAAAGGCAAACACAUCCGCCGCAGUCUCAGCACACCAAACGUCCAACAUAGCUCUGGUUGUAAAUCAGACAGCCGGACGGGUUGUGAGGAUGAAGACGUGAAGACUCCGUGUUAUGCUCAGCCGGACAGCACUGAAGACACGCCGGUCAAAAGCAGAGAGAAUCCUGGGUCGAGUGUGGAGAGUCCGGCGUUCUUCAGCUCCGCUGCGUUUAAGACUCUUUCACCACAGACACACAAAUUCAUCAAAUCACUGCUGCCGCUGAAGGAGGAGGAGAAAACCAGACGCACGCUGGAGGCACGACCACUGCUGGGACACCAGAGCAUGCGCGUGUGUUUGUCGGGCCCCAGACCCAGGGCUCAGAGCGAGGGCCGCAGCGCCAGUGACAUCAUCAUCAGCGGCUCGGCCAAUCACAGCACUGAUCUCACGCACACACUGCCACACACUGCUGAUUCAGAGGAGGAUGAUCCAGGCAUUGAUUCAGCCUUCACCCGUUCCAAUAUUCCAGCCCUCGGCUCUCUGGAGCUCCAAAACUUCAAGCCUUACAUCCCGGAGGAAUUUGCCAAUUUUGAGAUCUACAAUGCAAGCCUCGAGACCCAAGAAGGAGCUUUAUGUGCACGCAGUGAAUUGACCUCCGGGAUUGGGAUGUUAUCGGGGACUCGGGCUGCAGAAAAGGAAGUUUCCCGUAGUCCCACCGCCAGCAGCUGCACGAGUGGCUACUUCUCCCAUAGUGCCUCAAACGCUACUCUAUCUGACGUGCUCUUCAGUGGUAGUGAUAGUUGUGACCAGCUCAGCAUUAGAGAAACCACAGAUUCUCAGGAGCAUGGAAAAGGGUGCCAUCCUUAAAGUGCCUCUGGAUUUUGUCCAGCUCAGAUUAUUCCCUCCCAACCAUAUUCCCAUUACUUGACUGACCGGGAUUGUUCCCCUUCACCUCCUCGUAGAAGUAUCCUGAGCGUCAGUCAGGAAUUCACAGACUUUAAAGGUGCAGAUGAUGGUGUAGAAGAGGAUGAACUUGGUAACUUUGGCUGUAAAGCAGAAUCAGCUCCUCAAGAUAAAAUGCAAGACAAGAAUUCUCCUUCCAAGUGUCGUCUUCAUAAUGGAAAAGACAAGGAUUCUGUACCUCAUGUGCAACCGGAAGCAAAUCGAGAGAUUGAGUCCUUUGAGGAUCCAGAACUCUUUAAAGGUGCAGAUGAUGGUCCAGAAGAGGAUGAUCUUGGUAACUUUGACUGCAAGGCAGAAUCAGUUCCUCAAGCUAAAUUGCAAGACAAGAGUUCUCUCUCGCAGCGUCAUCUUCAAAAUGGGAAGCAGUUCUCUGGGGAUUCUGUACCUCAUGCGCAACCAGAAGCAACUCAAGAGAUUGAGUCCUUUGAGGAUCCAGAACUCAUAGAGGACUCCAGUGAGGAUGAAAAUGCACCGGUUCCUCAGUUGCCUGACUGGAUGGCCCCUGGGGAGCAGGUUUGGGUGGGCAAACAGAGCGGGAUGGUGCAUUAUGUUGGAGGGGUGGAGUUUGCCAAAGGCAUCUGGGUUGGAGUGGAAUUGGACCUUGCUGUAGGUAAACACAAUGGUACGGUCAAAGGAAGGGUGUACUUCCGAUGUGCCACAGGUCAUGGAGUCUUCGUAAAACCAUCUCGUUUGACUCGAGAACCUCCGUCCAUUGACACCGAACCUCAACAUGUGUUCCAGUAGGGGCUGGACAAUGACCCAAUUGUUGGAACAAUGUAAAAAAAAUUGACUCAACCUAAAAUUGUAAGGCAACUUGCUGCACAAUUUGUGUUGAGUUGACUCAACUUUUAACCCAAGUGCAGCACUUGAUUCUAUUUAAAUUGAGUAAACUCAAAAAAGCUUGGCAGCACAUUGCCUUUAAGUUAUCAGUUGAGUCAACUUUUUUCUUUUCUUUUUACAGUGUAGACCAGGGUUGCCCAAACUCAGUCCUGGAGGCCCUUGCACUUCCUUCAACACAGCUGCCUGGAAGUUUCUAGUAUACCUAGAAAGAGCUUGAUUAGCCAGUUCAGGUGUGUUUAAUUGGAGGUGGAACUAAACUUUGCUGAACAGCGGCCCUCCAGGACCGAGUUUGGGCUCCCCUGGUGUAGACGAUCUCUUCAACACCAGCACCAGCAAACGCCUGGACAAACAUGAGUGCUAACAGAAUCCAUCCUUCUGGUUUGUUUGUCAACAUCAGAGACUUGCUGAUACCCUUCGUUCUGUGGCAAUAAACCCUACCUGUGUGUGUGUUGUGUUGAAGUUCUAGAUCAAUUUCAGUAUCGUCUUUGAAUGUCUCGAGUUGCACAGUUGCACAAACACAUUUUAUAUAUAUCAAGUUAGCUUUGAUAUAGCUGAAAUACUAACUUCAGUUUUGGUUUAUUUACCACUUUUUAUAUGACUAAAUGCAUUCAUUAAUUGAUGACGCCUAACACUAGUAUACUUUGAGUGAGCUUGAGAUUUGGAUGUCUGUUCUAGGUAAGAAUGUACUACUGUUUAUGACCUUUAUGCGUGAUUAUAUCAGGUAUUACCAAAGACAUAGCCUUUCCAACCUGCUGUGCAAACGUACUUCUGUGUUUUAUGCUUGUGUAUUUUAAUAUUUGUUCGACCGAUUUAAUGCAAAUAUGCUAAGUGCCAUAUUUCUGGUUGGAAGGCCACAUGCCCAUCUGUCGAUUUUUCAAAGUUUUAAUGGUAUUUUGAUUGGACGGCAAGCCUGUUGCUCAUACCUUGUUGUGUAAUUGGCUUGUUGAGUACUGUAACUGUUGAAGGACUGCCAAUAUUUCUCUUUACAGAGCUGUCUGAACGCUUGCACUGGAGUAACUUAUCCUGGAUGCACAUUAAGUUACGUAACGCACGAACAUUGACGCAUUCUCAAAUACUGAUCUGACGCUUCUCAGGAGGUUGACAGAAGAUGUCACCUAAUGCGGAGAGCACCUUGUUUUCUUUAUCGACUGGUCUACUUCAUAUAUCAGAAGUAUAUAGACCAGAAAUGCCCUUAAGUACUGACACAAGCCCUGUUCAUGAACGGGACCUUUUUAGAUAGUUGACUUCUAGGUUCACCCGCCUAAUAUUGAGCUUUUACAUCCAUGUGUAUUUGACUGUCGAGUAAGAUUUUAUUAGUUUGUGCUACUAAAGCCAAUAUUAAUGUUUCUUAUAGGUAUAAAUGGGAGACGGGCAAUAUCGGGGGAAUGGGACAUAGCCUGAAUAAUACUAGUGUAUUUAGUGCCAUGACCAGUGCUGUUAUUAUUGCUCUGUUUUUUACCUGACCCACUGUGGAUCUUUUGCUGUCAUCGGCGAUGGUAAAAUAAAAAAACCCAAGACCUUACUUAAAAGAAAACAAAGCUGCUCUCCUUGACAAGGAGCUGUACAUAAAAUGUAUGAACAUAGUAUUUACGAUCUUAUAAGAUGUACAGAAUUGUAUUUAUAUUGUAUCUCUGCAGAUGUUGGUACAAAUAUGUUGUAGAAUACAGAACGUUUAUAAACA